AUGACACCUCCAAGCAUCACGGUUUAUGAACGCGACGCCAACGUCGUGCCAGCUGGCCGAGAAGGAUACACAAUUUCCCUUGCCGGCCAUGACGAGACUGGCGGCCUCUAUGCAGCUCGUGAUCUCGGUAUACUGGACGACGUUAUGAAACACGCCGUGCAGAGCUUCGGGAAUAAGUUCGAGUUCACAAUGUGGAAUAGCUCGUGGAGCGAACUCUUGACUCAAAAGCAUGAGCCUGCUCCCGGUCUACCUGCGUCAGGGAUCCGAAUUGCAAGGAAAAAGCUUCGACAAGUGCUGACCGAUGUUGUCGGCCGAGAGCGGGUUAUAUGGAACACGACUUGCGUGGACGCAGAGAGGCUCCAUAACGGGAGGAUGCUCGUCAAACUCUCCGGAAGCCAUCUGUCAGAGAAUGAUUCGACAGCCGAGUGUGACCUUCUCAUCAUCGCGGACGGGGCAUCCAGCAAGCUCCGAGCAAGUCUUCGGCCAAAUGAUACGUUGCAAUACACUGGAAUCAUGCAAAAAGGCGGCCUAGCCAUCUUUCCAAACGGCAUACCGAAGCCUGUUGACGAAAAGUGGGGAUUAAUAGUUUCUUCGGGCAAAGGCGUAGCUUGCUUCCUGUCGCCAUACGAUGAAACGAGCGUGUCUUGGGGCUUGAGCUAUCGCGCACCAACGAUUGAAGAGCCAUUGAGGAUCAGCAGCAUCGAAGAAGCUCAGUCAGUGAUAGAAGAAUCCAAGGAGCUUGGAAAGGAGUUUGUUGAACCAUUCCAAAGCAUUCUUGAUGCAACGGAUCCCAAAUCUGUGUCUCGGCUAGCUGCCAGAGACAAGCAGCCUUUCAGCCAUGACCUCUCGCUCGGGCCGGCAAUCUUCAUAGGGGACAGCAACCAUGCAAUUACCCCAUUCUCUGGGUAUGGAGCUAGUCUCGCCAUGAAAGACGGUUGGGAUCUUGCAACGCACUUGUGCGGCUCACAGAGCCUGGAAGAAGCUGUUAAAGCGUACGAUGCUACUAGCAUACCGAGGGCCACUAAGAUGCUCAAGGAAUCACGUCAGCGGAUUGAUAUGAGCCAUGUGACUGGCCUUUAA